GUCAGCCUUCGGCUGCUCGGAGGCUCGGGGGCGGCGGCGGGCGGAGAAAGUGGCCGGAGAAAAGAGGCGGGCGGAGCUGGCCGGGCCGGCGGGCAGGCGGCGGCGAGAGGCUGCGGGCGGGCGCGUCCCGGGCGGUUCCGAUUUGAAGACUCGACCUCUCAUUGCUCACUGGAUUAUGCACAAGGCGCUGCUACCCAAUGAUCCUCUUGCAACACGCUGGGCUUCCUCCACCUAAGCAGCCUUCAUACUCUCCUCCUAUGUCAGUGGCCACCCGGUCUACAGGAACCUUGCAGCUUCCACAGCAGAAGCCUUUUGGCCAGGAGGCUUCCUUGCCUCUGGCAGGGGAAGAAGAGUUACCUAAGGCAGGGGAGCAAGACUCUGCCCUGGAGGAGCUAUGUAAGCCUCUAUACUGCAAACUCUGUAAUGUCACCUUGAACUCCGCGCAGCAAGCCCAGGCUCAUUAUCAGGGUAAAAAUCAUGGUAAGAAACUCCGAAACUACUAUGCAGCCAGUAGCUGUCCUCCUCCUGCCAGAAUGAGCAAUGCUGUGGAGCCUGCAGCUGCGCCUGUGGUCUCAGUCCCUGCACAGGUGGGCUCCUUUAGGCCAGGAGGCAGAGUGAUCCUGGCUACAGAGAAUGACUACUGCAAGCUCUGUGAUGCCUCCUUCAGCUCCCCGGCUGUGGCCCAGGCUCACUAUCAAGGGAAGAAUCAUGCCAAGAGGCUGCGGCUGGCUGAAGCUCAGAGUAACUCGUUCUCGGACUCCUCAGAGAUGGGUCAACGGCGGGCCCGGAAAGAAGGCAAUGAAUUUAAGAUGAUGCCAAAUAGGAGAAAUAUGUACACAGUACAGAAUAAUUCAGGCCCUUAUUUCAACCCUCGCUCUCGGCAGAGGAUUCCACGUGACCUAGCCAUGUGUGUUACUCCGAGUGGCCAGUUUUACUGCUCAAUGUGUAAUGUUGGGGCUGGUGAAGAAGUGGAAUUUCGGCAGCAUUUAGAGAGCAAGCAACACAAAAGCAAGGUGUCUGAACAGCGGUACCGGAACGAGAUGGAGAACCUGGGUUAUGUAUAGUGGUGGUCCUGUUCAGGUGGAGUAGCUUUUCCUGCCUGUUUGCCUUCUGUCUGCUCGCCCUGCUUUGUGGUCCUCUGAUCCAAAUCCACUCUUCCGCUUGAUGUUAAUGUGCGUACCCUGCAAUGGUACCAUGAGAUGUCAGUACCCCGCGAUGGGGGAGAGGCAGACGUGCUUCUUAGGUCCUAACUCUUUUUCGGGUCCACUGUGUCGAGCUCUAUUGCAUGUGACUUACCUAUCCCAUCAGAAGUAACAUUUUAUCUUGGCCAAAUUCUGGUUGACUUAGAGAUACGACCAUUUAAAAAUCUCAUCUGCUUUUGUAGUUUUAGUUUUAUGUACUGUUAAAUAAAGAAUUGUGUUGAGUUCUUACUUCAGAUUGCAAUAAAAGCUGAGGUUUGUUUCUCAAGGCUUUGCGGGAAUCUUCACCUCAAUGCACUGCCAAUAAGAUGUAUCAGUACAGUCUGUAUUAGGGUCUUUCCAAGACAUAGUUCCCCUGUAUUGUCCCUCCGUCCCUGAAGUGCAGGUUUUCUUGAAUUCAGAUAUUUUCAGUGUGCUUGUGUUUGUCCAAACGGCUAAACUCCAUUUCUAGUUGUGGAUUCCACACAUUCAGUUGCUGCCGCCCGGUCUGCCCUCUUCCUCCCAGUGGAAUCAUCUUGUCUUGUAGGUUUAUUUUCAUGCCCUCGCUGUGCUAUGGGCUUUCCAAACAUGAAUUUGGGCAUAGGAGUUCAAGGUGGGCAUGAGGUUUUUCAGAGAAUGUUUCCCAUCUGAUUUAGGAAACAUAAAGAUGUGUUGGCUUUUUCAGUUUAGAAUUUUGGCUUCAUUGAUAAUAGUGUAACAUACAAUGUAUGAUUGUCUUAACCAUAAUGUAUGCUCUCUUGAUAUUUUCUUUUGGCAGAAAAUUUUAAAUGAACCAAUCCUUAUACUAUAUUGUUCUCUGUUCUGUCAGUUUGUUGACCAUCAUGGAAAAAACAUUAAUAGCAUCACCUGCUAUUUCAUAGAUAAGAGAAGAAAUUUUAAAAAGCUGUUCAAGUUUCAGUAUCACCACCUCCCGUAGAACAUUGUUUUUGCUUUUAAAAUAAGAAGCCAUAGUGUAUGUCUCAAUUACCCAUGGAGUGUUACAUGACGUUUCAUUAACUGCAUUUGUGUCUGUUUGCUACAUUUUACUUUACAUGGACAAGACAGGUGCUCAUCUGUGCUUCUUUUGAAAGACCAGGUACUCCGGAAGUUUACAGGGAGCAUGUGUUUGGCAGAUGCUUGUUUGAUUGCUUUUGCUACUGACUGAAACUCUUGGUAACCUUGAGAAUUGUAUAGGCAAAUAGGUAUAAUCAUCAUUUCUUUUUGGUGAUAUGUUGGGACAAUUUUAAAUAGUCUAGAUCUAUAAUUAAAAUCAGUUUUUGUUAAGGUGGUGGUUUAUUGAACAGUAGAAUUACUUGGUAAAUUUUUUUUUCUCCCAGUAACAGAAGAAUGAAAUAAUUUUCUGUUGAGAUUCUAUCUAGAUCCAUAACUCUUUUUAUAAUAGCCCUUUUUGUAGUAGUUGAGUCUAUGAAGUAUCGUUUAUUAGUUUAGGACAAUUUAACACUUGUCUUACUGGCCAGUAGGUUACUCAUUUUGCUGCUACAUACAAUUUUUGGGUAGAUGUUAAUCUCAUGCUGGUUUUAUGCUUAUUUAAAAGUCUCGUUUCUUUUCGACAGGUGUGUGUACACAUAUCACACUUUCCCCAGAAUUCCAUGUAAUUCCCUGGAGAGAAUUUCACUGCAUCCUUACUCCAGAUUUAACAUUAAAGACUGUGGAUAUGAAUUUACCUUUUGUAAAUGCCGCAUUCAUCUACUUUCCGUUUUUCCUUUGGAAAUGAAAUUAAAGGAUGUGUUUCCCUGCCCUCUCCACUUACUAGUUUCAAUAUAUGUGUACAAAAAGCAGUGGACUUAAGGGCUUGAUGUGUUUUCAGGCCUUGUGUAUUCAGGUUUCCAGUUUCCCAGUGCCCUUAAUGGAUGUUAUGAAUGCAUAAGUGUAUUUUCUUUUAAAGAAAGAAGUUAGAUUUAUAGUGUUAUUUCUUACUUGUUAUAUUUCUUUGCACUAACAAAGAACUAUGUUGUUGUUUUAUAUGACACUUUAGUACUACAUUGUCUAUGAUGAUUCAGUUUCUUAGUUUCCAAAUUCCAGUUGAUAAUACCUUCCACGACCAUUUACAGAGCUUUCACGCACAUCUGAAAAACAUCACAAAUUUCUAUCGUAGUAGGUUGUAUUUUGGGCUAGUGACAUUGCAGUGUUCUCUUGUUCCAUCGGUGAAAGAGGGUGUUGGAAGUUGCCGUCGCUGCAUGGAACAGUUUCUUAUAUUGGCACCUUUUGUGUAGACAGUGUUUCUUCCCUCUAGAUGGCUGCUGCUGCUGCCUCUGAAUUAGUGAAAUGUGAUCUCUGUUGGUUUCAUCUUGUGAAAUCCAGUCCUGCUCCAUAACAAGCUUUAGGAUCUGUACCCUGUGUCCCUCAGAAAUCGUGCCUCUUCUGUAUGCCGUGUACAAGGAUGGACAGAGGCCUAAACAAGCAAAACCUCUAGUUAAAAAAAGUAGAUUUCAGCAAUCAUCUGUAAGAAUGCCUAGCAUCAAAAUCUCUUUUCUCUGUGAAUCUUUGUGUACAUUGCCAUUAAAAAAUUAAUACUAGAAGAUAAUUGUAAACUCUCCUAAGACACUGAGAGUGAAAGAUUAUGAAGGAAAAUAUCCAUAUUUCAAUUAAGAUUGGAUUGCAUAUGCCUGUAAAGUGUUCUUUUUUUUUUUUUUUUAAGUUUAGUUAUUAAAUAGAGUGUGUCCUGUAAUUCCUUGACCCCACACUGAGUAGAAAAUACUUUGCUGGUCUUGUCUUUGGUCGUGUCUUGGUCAUGUCCUGCAACUUGUAAAUAUGUGCAUGUUGUUUAUUAUGUUUAUCUGCUUGUCUUUUAUUGCACUGAAUUCUAUAAAGUGAAUACUUUUUUUUAUCGUUCAUUUUGAAAAAGACCCUCUCCACAUUUUUCGUCAUUAUUUUCUUUUUUAAUUAAUUGGGGUAGACUUAGAAACCCAUAGGAUUUUUGAAACCCUGAAGGCAAAUAUGACUCAAAGGCUGAGGUCAUUGCAUCGCUCUCUCUUAAUAGGCUAAUGGGAAGCACGAGGUCUUCCACCCCACUUUAUAAAGCUGUUCUGCAGAACUGUGUGCUUGUUUAUGGCUAUUGAGCUACAGUUUGAACACAAAGGAAAGGAGAAAUACAUGUACAUAUGCACAUGUAUAUACAUGCAUAUGUAUAUGUAUACAUUUGAUUAAAUCUUCCCCUGAAGUUAGGCGCUAAGGAUUUGUGGUGAGAUUUGUGAUUUCUUCAUGCCUGAGUUGUCUGGAAUUGAACAGCAACAGUUUGAGGACUGUGUAGUGACCUGUGUAAAAUGAGUCUGUUUUUGUGUCAGGAGAGAUGGGGAAGGAACACUUUGACACGGUAUUCUCUUCAGAGAGGCCUAAAGAUGGUAGAUUUGGAAUUUUACGUUGUAAUAUCAAAACUUAAGCUGGAAGUACUUAAAAACUUGGGGAAGCUUGUACUAAGGCAGUGGACAGUGGUUCUUAUUUCUUUAGAAAUAAGUGGAGGAGUGAUUUGUUAGGAUAGGCAAGAUUUUGAACAGGUGUUUAAAAAAAAUUGUACCUUACCCUCUGGUUUUUUUUUUUCUUACCAGACAAAUCACUAUUGAGGCAUUCCAUGUAUAAUACAAAGUGUUUCAUUCCUGUGUUUGUGUUCUUAGUGGGGGAACUCAUACCCUUAUGAGCUGUUACUAUCAGUGUAGCUGAAUGUUCGAACAAAUAACUGUGUAAAUAGCCUCUCGUAAGAUUUCUACGGUAACUGUUAACUGUUUGAUGUUUUCUUCCCAUUAGGAAUGGGGGGAUCAUUUGUAAACUCCCUUUCUGGGUAGCUACCAAAAAAAGUAUGGCUUAUGGUCCUGUGUGACCCUGUGUCCGUUAAGCCCAGAAUAUGAGUGCCUUUAGCAAGUGUUAGCAUUUCGCCGAGAAGAGAUGACAGAAUUAUUGCUAUUCAUCAUGGUUCAUAAAACAGAAACUUGGAAUAGCCAAGGUCUAUGUGGAUUCUGUUUUUUUGUUAAUGCAAUCUCAACUUGAUAGUAAGUAAAACUCAAUGGAUCAGGAAAUAUACACCCUGAACAUGAAUCCAGGUGUCUCAGGCUGGCAAUAGUCACCUUGAAGUGUUACUUUUAUAUUUAGUGAAUGGUAGUAUAGUAGAUUGGAGGAGCUUGACACUGGGGUUUGGAUAAAUUCUUUAUUCCAGUGUCUUUUUCCAACACAUCUUUUUUCUAAAGGAGAGAAUGACAUAUUUGCAAAUAAAAUAUAUUAUGAACCUGUCUGGCAUAAAUAUUGUGUUAAUUCAUCUCUUCUUUAAGAGAGGUAUCUUUACAAAUCGUUUGAGGCCUUUAAUAAUUUCUCUUACAUCAAUUAAUUUAAAACUCUAAAUUGCCUGAGUAGCUAGAAUCUUUAAAAACACUGCUAAACUUAUUUUGUUACAGAAAUACUUUUUCAUGAAAAAUUUUAAACGUGUCAAAAUAAAAAAUGCUUCACAUACUCACCCACUGAAUCUAAUUGACAUUUUACAUACCUGUAAUUCCACAUAUCUAUCCAUCACUCGCUCUGUUCAUCCACCAGUCCGUCAGGAUAGACUCUGCAGUGUAAAUUUUAGACAAAGCACUUCCCCUAGGUGCAUUAACGAGGGUUUAAUAUUGAUUUCAAUAUUAAUAUCUUUUUGAAAGCAGUGUAUGAAGUUGGUACGCUGAGCCAAUUAACACACUUGUUUUUUCUCCUGUGGACUUCAGUCUUCCAGUUUCUAUUCAUCCGUAUGCUUAGAGUGACGGAAGACAACUCCUUUUUCAAACACAUUUUUUGGAGUUGGUUAUUUUAAAUGCUUAAUUGUCAGCAAUUUUAAAGUUUCACGAGAAGAGUUUUUUCUCCUUAUUCUUCUUCUGCUGGAGGUAUUUUUGUUGAACUAUGCAGCUUCUUCAGAAAACUGUAAAUUAUAGAUUGGGGUUUAUGAGAUCGGCGUAUACCUCACCUCACCAGUUGCUGCUUUUCCUCUUCUUGUCACUGUUGUCAGCUGCUCUGGCAGGGGGAGAGGGGAGGAAAGGGUCAAACCCAUGCACGAUGAGCUGUUUCAGGCAUCUCGAGAACCAUUCCAGUGGUUUAUAAAAUAGAGACUAUUAAUGUAUCAGAGGAAUUUGAUUCAAUUGCCAGUGCAUUGUAAUUACCCAUGCUUCCUCUAGCUGUAAUUAGCAGAAUUUAAAACGAUUGUACUGUACAAUGAGUUGCUGAAAUUGUGAGCCUUAGUAACUAUAUUUAGCUUUACUCCAAUGAUGUUUAGAACCUUUUGGAUAUAUGCCUUUCUUUCUAUGUUCACUUUUGGUGGAUCAAUCUGCAAAAUUUAAGCAACUUCAGGUCAUGGUGAUGCAGUGAGUAAAGCUGAAUCAGAAAUGAAAUUUAACUGUUCUUGGUUUAUAUUCUUGUGCUUGUUGGAUAUAGUUCCUGGUUUCUGAAACUGAAUACUUCCUUUGGACCUUUAAAAGAAAAAUAUGUAUUUUUACUACUUAGAUGUUUAUUUUUAGACAUUUCACAGUUCUUUUUAACUUCACAGUGUUCUUGUGGCCAUAGCACUUAAGUAAGCCCAUUGCAAUCACUGAACUCUCACUGCACUGUUUAAUACCAACUGAUAAUGCAGGGCUUAUCAGAUUUUUUUUAACCUUUAAAUGGCCUUCCUGAGUCUCUCAUCUCAAUGUAAGUGCUUAAGUGACCCCCUCACUAGUGAAAAUAAAUAUUCUGUAUCAUUGGUUAUAUGUGUCUUUCCUACAUGAUUUUUUUUAAAGGAAAAGUAACUCCAUGUUUUGAAAUGAGUGACAUUAUUCUAGAAUAAAGCAUAUAUAGUUUAUUUCUAUACUGCAAAUCUGGCAUUUAUGGAAACAAAACUUUUUGGAGUGGCUAUUGUUUUGCCUUCCAUAUGUACCUGAGUGUCUUCCUGUGGUGCUGUGGACCAGUGUGUAAGAAUUUCAUGUUGAUUCUGCACUAUGUGGUGUUCACUUUGAGGUCCCUUUGUUGACCGUGGUGAUCUGGCGUGAGCGGGUGUGUUUGCCUGGAAAUGCCUUACUGGAGUGUGUGGGGCUCCACUUCAAAGCAGUGCACGUAUCUGCUGGGACAGAAAGCAUCCUCUCAGAUGCGUGCACUAGAUUCAAAAAUAAAACUGAUUUUGCUUUCAGUGUAAAAGUUACUGUCUUAAAAAUCAAAUCAUGGGAAACCAAGAGAGACAUUUGAACCCUUCCUGAAUGGCAUGGCAACUCUUUAAACUGCUUUUGCUACUUUCCAAGAACUGUGUCUUCAGUAAAGAUACAGCUAAAACAAAUGCCAGCCUGAAUUGUAUGAAAUUGAGGUUGUUUCAUAACAUUUUCUUUAAAUGUCAUGUGGGGUUUUAGAUCUUUGUAUGGUAUGGGAGCAAAGUGCCAGUCACUGCUUUGGGAAUAUGUUUUUGUUCUGGGACAGCAGAAAUGACAAAUGCAUCAUGGGAUUAAAACCAAUCAGCCGUGAAUUGUGAAACUGAAAUUGCUCUUUGGGUUUUGUUUUCUUCAGCGUAUUGAAUAUAGAAAUCUGAAAGUUAAUUAAAAUUUAUACUGCUUAUGUUGAUGGCUCAUUUUGGCUGUGUAUUCUCACUUAUGUACUGAUCUCUGAUAAAAGCUUGAUGUUAUUCUAACAGGCAUUUUGUGUUCAAUUUAAUAAAAGUUUCUGAGUCUUGUCUGCAAA